AACGUAUAUUAUAUUACUAUGAAACGACAGUUCUAUGUAUCACACGUGUCGUAUCUGUCGAUGACGUCAUAACAAUUCACCAUUGUGCUGCAUUUAAGAAAUGACGUAAGUAGGGCACCAUGAGCAAAUGUCAGAUUUAAAUAAAAAUAUGGCGUUGGUCAUGUGUCAUUAUUUAGAUCAGUAGUUCUUUAAAACAGGAGUUUGAUACAAACGAUGUUUAAUUUAUUGAAAUGUUAUUAUAAAAAGAUCAAUAAUUUAAUUAUUUUCCAUUUAAAAAAAAACUCAGUCUAUAAAGUGUGUAAGAACGUUGACAUAAAUUAUAAAAAUCGAUAAAAUACCAAUACAGUCUAAUUUUACACACUGUAUGACAUAUUUUUAAUAUAAGAAUAUUGUACUUCCAUAAUAAGUGUGAUACUUAAAAGAAUUUUGUUUAUAUAAUUAUUUAUACAUUAAAGUGAACGAUUGUAGAUGAGAUAAGAAACAAGAAAUAGAGAGAGGUUAUGUGUCAAAGUUUCGUCUUGACAGGCGCAAGUGCUUUCAACUGCAUUAAAUAGUAGAAUAUAAAAAAGUUGCGAAAGGCUAGUGAGUAGUCAGUAACCAUUCUGCUCUCGACCGAGCAGGUAGUACUUAGGAGAAGUCCUCCUUAUCUAUUGUUUCGCAGUUAAUGCAUUUCUAUUUUAUUAUCUUUUGAAAAUCUUGACAAUUUUUUUGGAAAUUCACAAAGGAUAUACAAAAGAAGAAAAAGCAAAAAUGAGCGACAAAAGAAUUGAGCAUAUUGUAAUGACACCAAAAUGCAAAACUGGGAAUUCAACAACUUUGAUAAUAGAAAGACAAGCUUUGGAACCUCCCACAGAAAACGGAAAUGAUAAUGUACAUGUGGCUGGUGGUGACCACAAAGGAAUUGUUAUUAACAAACAAGCUAUUAAUGUUACAAAUGGCGAUGUAUCAGCACCACCACAUCUGUGUCUACAAUUUAGAGUAUUUUUAGUAAGUACACAAACUGGGAAGCAUACACAAGAGUCCAGGACACUUGAAUUUUGGUUUAGCGAUACCUGUUCAGAAACAGAACAACCAACUGUCGCACAAGAAUUUUUCAGAGAAUUGGUUGCACCACAAGAAUUUCCAAGAGAUUAUGUGGGAUUUAUAAAGAAAAUAAUGAAGCUGAUGCAACACAAGUAUUCCAGUAUUAAAAAAUUAGAAGUAGAAUUGAAACAACUUGAAGAACCAGUUUCACUUCCAACUAGACCAUUAUCUACAGAUGAAGCUGUUAUGGAUCAAGUAAUAGAACUCACUAUAGAAAAGGUGUUGGAACUUAUUGAAUCUGCUUAUCCAAAUCCAGUUACUGUGAUUGAUAUAGCAAAAGAAUAUGGUUGGGAAGUAUCUGCAGUCGAAGCAAAGAUGAAAGAAUUACAAGAAAAAGGUGUUGUAAAAGCCAUGGAUCAUGGAGCUUUUACCAGAGUUGUACAUCAAGAUACUCAAGUUCAGGUCGUCAAACAAAUGCCUACCAUGGCCAGUUCUAAACAGCCAACAAUAGCAAUUAUCACCGCACAGUAUUGCGAGAAGCUUGCAGUUGAUUCCAUGAUUGAAAAUAAAAAAACGUUUGUUCGAUAUACGACUGUAGGUACACCAACAUCACCAGAUACAACAGACGGAGUUCCGCGCGUGUCUUGCCGUUUUGGAGAAUCAAACGUGUAUACAUUGGGUAAUAUCGGUGCUCAUAGAAUCGUUUGCACAAAAUUGCCAACAGUGGGUCAUACUCGAGAAGCUAUGACUGCAGCAGGAAAUACUACGACUAGACUAUUAGGUACUUUCCAAAAAGUUGAUUUCGUAUUCCUGGUUGGCGUUGGUGGAGGUGUACCACAUUACACAGAUUACAACAAACAUGUGAGACUUGGCGAUGUGGUUGUUUCACAUCCAAUUCCGAUCAAUAAGAAAUAUGUAUACGUAUAUUGUGAAAGUGCGAAGAUAAACGAGAAAGAUAAUUAUCAUUUCGAGACCAAAGAAUAUUGUCCACCUAAUCUAGGUCUUCAAGAAAUAGCUGUUAAUUUGAAACAACAGUCGGAAAAUGAGAUAAAUCCUCCUUGGCAAGAGUAUUUAAAAGAAGGUAUAGAAAAUUUAGGUAAUCAAGCGGAACACGACUUCAAAGCACCACCCGCUGAAUCCGAUAAAUUGUACAUGGCUAUUGGAGACAGAGACGUCAUCGAAGUUGCUCAUCCCAUUGCUCCUCAGGAUUCAACGAACAAGAGAAUGGAGGGUUGUCCUAGAAUCCAUUUGGCACCAAUUGCUUCGGGUCGGCAAAUUGCAAGAGACGAUCAACUCAGACAAAAAUUUGCCACUCGUUUUGGUGCACUUGCUUUCGAUGCCGAAAUGGAUGCCGUAGUUGAAAGUAUCCUUGGAAAUUGUAGAGAGAGUUUUGCAGUGAUACGAGGUAUCUCAGAUUACAAGGACGGCUCUCGUAUCAAAGAAUGGCAACCUUACGCCUCAUUGGCAGCUGCGAGCGUUAUGAAGGCCAUUAUUUGCGCUAUGGAUCCACCAACCAAUGUCUAAUUCGUAUUACUUUUCUAUAUUUCUUUAGAGUGGAUCGGUAGCUAAAUUUUAAUUCGAUAUAUGUCACGUAGCAUCAAAAUGCAAUAUGGACCAAAUCAUUUUCUUCGUGAUUCUAACUCGUAUUCGUACGUCAAAUAAUUUAUUUGACGCUAAUAAUGAUCAGCACAAAGUGCAUAAUUAAUAGUGAUCGACGAAUACUUUUGUUCGUCAUUUUUCACAAAUAUAUAUAUAUAUAUAUAUAUAUAUAUAUAUAUAUGUAGAAAUCGUUAUAAACGGGCCACCGGCAAUCAAUUCCAUUUUCUACUUUAACUUCCGUUUCUAUUCGUCAAAUUUGUACGAUUUAAUAGUUUAACACAAGGUGAUCUCUGAUAUAAAUGAAUAUAUGAACAGAAGAUAGAAAUGUUCGAUAGGUAAAAUACGAUCAUAAAAACCAUCUAUUGGUUGCUGGUCAACCGUGCAAUAAGACGAAUGAAAAGAUACGUGUAAUUAUCGCCUUCCGAAAUGAUUUUUUUAUGUACUUUACAAAAUGGUAAUGUUUCUAUAUACUGGAAUGUGCCAUUCUUUCAGAUAUCAUUUUUUUUCUUAACCGGAUAUCAAGUUCCAUUUGAAUUUUAUAUCGUAACUUUUUCUCUACAAAUAUUACAAAUAUUAUGACGAUUAUAACAUUGACAAUAACGGGUUGAUCUUCUAUAAAUGAGAUCAUUCCUGUAAUAUUCCAAUUAAGUUUUUUUUUUUCUAUUUACAAUUUAGCAUCUCGUUGUUCUUCGUUAUUACCCCCGUGCACAAAUGCAAUCAAAUAAUAACACAUAUACAUUUUAGUUAUUUGAUAGAAAUGGUGCCAUUGCUAUUGUCCGACAUUGUAGAAUGCUUCUUAUCUAAUGCGAUUAUCUCGCAAUCAGUUAGACAAGCAUAUAAGUUGUUCCUUCCAUAAGUAUUUCUUCAAGAGUAAAAUUUUAAUAGACUCAUUUCACUGAUUAAUUAACAGAAAUUAGAAUUAAAAAAAGAAGGUAUUAAAUAUUAGGACUGAAAGAGGAACCGAGUUAUAAAACUCGACUUAUUCACAGAGUUAUUUCCGCUGUCGUAAUUUCCAUCUUAAAUAUAGUUAUAGAUAAAUGAAUCAAUCUCAACUCGAAUUUACUCGAUGAACGUAGCUAGGUUUAGAUGUGAUAAUAGUCAUCGCUAUAAAAAAAAAAUAAAAAGAAAAAUGUAUUGCCAUCGUUUGGCAAUAUUUCUCAAAAUCCAAUCAAAUUAAUCGUUGCAAUAUUAGGUACGUCUACGAUCAUUACAUAUUUACCAGAGUAUAUCAAUGUUUUAAAAAGAUCACAUUUUAUCCAGGAAGCUGCAAGAGUGUUAAAGAUUACCUAACGUAUAUGAAUACUUUUGUAUUGGUUUAUCAUUGUCGAGAAUAUGAUAGAUCGAGAAUAAAAUCUCGAUGUAUUCACUAA